AUGGGCCAUCAUCUGCUUUCGAGGGAGAAUCUCUGCUGCAUCCCAGAGCAGGCGCAGCCCCUAUACCCGCCAGCUGUGUACCCGCAGAGCACUCUCUCCUCUAUGACAGAGUCAGAAGCAAAGGCUUCAGACUCCAGCAAUGGCGGCACAUAUAGGGAUCCAGGCUGCGGUGCUCGACAACAAAUCGAUGAGCCUUUCACGACCAGCACAGCCAAUAACUACACUGCGCUCGUCCAUCCAAUGCCAAAACCCACUCUAUGCAUGGCGGCCAGCAACCUCUUCUUUCUGUCAGGUACCGAGGAGACUCCGUCCCUGGCAUCAUCUUUCGAAUUUACCGAAGUGCCGCAGAGCGAGCCAGCCAUCCCAAACGGUGUCCCGUUCUACAUCCCACCCGUGGCGGCCUAUGACACCGAGAAACCCGCCAGUCUCCAACCAUCCAAUCUGCAAAUUACAAGCUCUGCGUCUCUCCCAGACACCAAAUACAUCGGCGACAGCAACGCUGGAUGGCUGGCAUGGCCUGUCCCGCACGACCCAGAGCCGUGGUACACGCACCACCCAGCCGAUAUCAUGGCCGAGGGACUGGACUGGGCGAAUGGAGGCUACUAUCCAGACCCAUGGCCGAUAUCCGACAUGACAAACACUACAAAUACGGAACUGGUCCAAAGCCCAGGCAUGCAGGCAUACAAUCCGAGUCACGCACUACCAUUCCACGUCCCCUCAUCCGCAGACCCGCACUCCUCAGUGCGGUCCUCGUCGUCCCCGAUAUUCAGCGAGUCUGACCCGGACUACCCGGGGCCCGGAACUACAGACCCCUUCGCAGCAGGACAUAGGCAGGACAUGCACGCGUAUGCCGACUACACAAAGCCAACAUACGCCGGAGCAACAGGUCCAGAUGGAACCAGUAUGCCCGCACCUCUCGACGACAAGGGGACCAACUCUACUACCCAAACCCAGUUCCCUGAACAGCCAUGUACCGACAAGCCCAGCAUCAAAGCAAGCAUGCACUACAGCGAUACGCGCAACGCAUUCCUAAUUGACUGCAAGCGGCGCGGGCUGUCGUACAAGGAUAUCAAGCGCAUUGGCGGGUUCAAGGAGGCCGAGUCGACGCUGCGAGGCCGGUUCCGCACGCUGACCAAGUCGAAGGAGCAACGGGUGCGGAAGCCCAAGUGGCAGGAGAAGGAUAUAAUCCUCCUCCGCCAAGCAGUCGCCGCCUGUGCAUCCCCCUCCGACGGCGACAUGUCGCAGCCACCCAAGGUAUCGUGGAAGAAAGUCGCGCAGCACAUCUGGACGCAUGGGGGGUCGUACUAUUUCGGGAAUGCGACGUGCAAGAAGAAGUGGUGUGAGAUUUAUGGUAUCCGAAUUUGA